CCAUUCUCCAUUCUAUAAAACGCAGCUCUUUAACCCCAAUACCCGAAAAUUCAGUUACGAGCCACUAGAAGAAGAAGAAGAAGAAGAAGAAGAAACAGAAGCAGCUGAAAAGAAACGCAGAGAAACAGAAUAAUCUGCCCUUCAUUUCUACGCUCUAAGAUGGAGAACGAGAAGAAGAAUUCAGAAUUGAAGCACUUAGGGUUCGCAAGGAUGGCUGCUAUACAGGCGCUGAUAUGCGUCUCCAAUCUGUACGAUUAUGCGAAGCAGAACUCAGGGCCUUUGAGAUCUACGUUUGGGGCCGUCGAGAGAGCUGUAACUGCUGUCGUGAACCCAGUCUGCCAGAAAUUUAAGGACGUUCCUGAUGAUCUUCUAGUUUUUCUAGAUAAGAAGGUAGAUGAAGGUACACGGAAGUUCGACAAGCAUGCUCCAGCAGUAGCUAAGCAGGCUGUGAAUCAAGCCCAGAGUUUAUUACAGGUAGCAUCCCAAAAGGUUCUGGAACUUGUGCAUGAGGCCAGUGUUGGGGGACCACGUGCUGCAGUGCGUUAUGCAGCCACAGAGUCUAGGCAUUUUGCACUGACCCAAUCGGUAAAGGUAUGGAUUAAAUUGAACCGGUUUCCUGUGGUUCACAAAGUUGCAGAUGUGGCUACUCCCACAGCAGCCCACUGGUCGGAAAAGUACAACUAUCUUGUUAAGGACAUGGCCCAGAAGGGUUAUAGAGUCUUUGCAUAUGUGCCAUUGGUUCCAAUUGAUGAAAUAGCAAAGGCGUACAAGCAAUAUGAAGCAGAGAAAAAAGAAAAUGGAACUGAACAUAAACAUGAUGAUUCAUCAGAUUCGGAUUAGAAGGAUGCAUUGAAUUGUAUUGGGAUUUGCGAAAAUGUGAUAGUGUGCGUGGGUCUAGGCGGAAAUGCUAAGAGAUGGGAAGCCAGCAAAUGGAAUCUUUAGGACUCGUUAAUGUGGUGAUAAAUGUGAAAGGUUUUUGUAAAUACAGCUCUGUGUUUUUUGGACAAUAAUCGUGUUUGUAGUAGUCGGUCUUAUUUGAAAAUA